AACAUAGAAGAAGACUCUGAUGCGUACACGGAAGAAAGAAGCAGACGUGCUUCUGACGCUGUCAAAGCUGAGGUGUCCACUUGUAUUUCUCAACGCGGAUUUUCACCUUAGCAGAAAGAUUUGAUCGACUGCUUAGAUUCGUUAGCUUUCCAUUGCUGACACGAUGAGGUUUAUUUUCUUGGCAUGUGUUACAGUUGUGUUUUGCCCCAAGGUGAUAGGGGCCACAGCACUUUCUGAUAAGGAGGAACAUGACUCUGUUGUCAAUCAAAAGGUCGGAUCUGAUCAGAAAGAUCUGCCUCUUCAACCUGAUGUUAAUGCAACUGAAAAGAAGGCCCCGAAAGGCUUAGAGCCGCCUCAACCUCCUACACAGAAAGAGCCAAAGGACAAGGUUAAGGAGGUUUUGCCAGUGCAAGAACAGGUGCCCGAAGCAGUUAAAGAGAACGAUUUGUCGAAAGAAGCUUCCAAGGGCAAAAUAACUCCGGGGGCUCCAGAGACCCAAGAAAAGAUCACAGAGGUCAUAAUAUCAGCGGACCACAAAAAGGACGCAAAAUCGGGAAAUGAAACGGAGACGCAUGCCAAACCUGUAAAUUCAGGAGAGACCACAGCGAAGGCAAAACUUAAAGUAGAGCUUACACAGGAGGUAAAAACGGAAGGAGACGUGGGGUUAAAACCGGAAGACCCUGGAAACAAGGUGGAACUUGAAGGGGAGGCUGAACAGGAAGACAAGUCAGCAGAACACACAAAAGAAGAGAAACUAGGAAAUCAUGGAACGAAGGACGAAUCAGAAGGAAAUCCUGAAAAAGAUAAAUCAACAGAGAACACAGAAAAGGAAAAACCAGGAGAGCACGCAGAGGAGAAUGAACGAGGAGAGCAGGCAAAGGAGACCAAGGAAGAAGUGGAGCCUGGAAAAGUCACAUCGAAAGAAGAGCAUGCAGAGGACAAAUCAAAUGCAAAUCAGGGCAAGACGACACAAGUGGAAAAAGCUGACAGUGAUGGAAAACCUGUAGAUGAAGGUACAAAUAAGAAAAAAGGAGGCAACCGUCAGUAUGGGCGAAAUGACGAGAUAGAAAGUAGUCAUUUCUUUGCAUACCUCGUCUCGACGGCAGUGGUGGUUGCCGUGCUCUACAUCGCUUACCACAACAAGCGUAAGAUAAUUGCAUUUGUUCUGGAAGGAAAGAGAUCAAGAUCUACCCGUCGACCAAAAUCUACUGACUACCAAAAGUUGGAACAGCAGUUGUAAUCAGAUGCUGUGGCCUUGAGACACUGAAUGCACUGUUGGCUGGCGUAAGAGGAAGUGAGCAUUUGAACGGACUUGACAUUUUGGCUCAUGAAGAUGUUCUAUUUUGUAAAUGGAUGCUUAUUGCUUGACUAUGCAUAUGAUGACACUUGCCUUAUUGACAGUGAAACAUAGUGAUAGUUGAUGAAAUAUGCAUGCGGUGUUUGCACCUUUGUCUUCUUUAUUCCACUUUAAUGAUGAGAAACCAGACUCAGGAUAUUUCAGUAGCUUGUUUUUCCCAUGCUAUUGCUUUGUUUGUACAACUCUAAUUGCACUUUGAACCAAAUAAUAUGACUCCUUGUAAAAAAAAUAUGAAAUAUUUUAUCACUUGUUAAAUAUGGUCCGGAGCUACCUUAUUAAAAUACCCAUGUAUUUGCAUCCCUUCCCAAGAAUUAAGAUUCUUUGGUAGCGUUUUUAUCAUUUAUAGCAGACUAGAAGCAGCAAGACUGAUGAAUGUUUGAUCGUAUGACAAUGUCGUCAAAUGCAAGUUUAUGCGCUGCAUCUUUCUUAUAUUCAUACAUUCAAACAUUGAAAUUUGUAAUGAGAGAGGACAGAAGCAAGGUAACUCCCAUAAAAUCCUGUGAAUAACAAACAUCUUGUAUAAGAUAUGGUCCUCCUAUUGACUGAUUUCCUUUUAUUCUCAGAUUGAAUAUAAGUUAGUAAAGAUUCAAAACAUCCCAAUAAUGCGUGAAUACAUUUAAAUCCAGAUUGAAACAUAUGCUAUCCCAUACUUAUGACUAAAGUUUUUUUAAAAUCAUGUCAUAAAACCUGCAGCCUUGGUCAUUUUUGCAAUAAUAUUGCAAAAUGAUGUCCUCAAAAACCUUACACUCAUCUUUGCUUUGUUGAAAGUGCUUUUAAUUGCAGUCUGUGAAGAAUAUUGAAUUGACUUGCGUCGCUGUGAAUCUGUGAUUUUCCAACCCCUUGGCAUUGUCGAAGUACUGAAGUGUCUAAUCAAUGUGAUUUUUUUUUUGGAUCCUUUUUAAUCCUCCUGUAUGAAUACCACUAUCCUUUUUUUUGCCACACUAAUACAUUUGUAAUGAGAGGGGAAGGCAAAAUAGCUCAUUCCUGAAAAUGCUUGAUUUUGGUUCUGUAUUGGAUGAUGUUUGAAGACUAUCCUGUUGUAAAUGAAACUGCAUUUCUCCCAUUUGCUGCCUUCAGUGAAAAUUUAACCGAUUUCUUUUUGAAAGCAAACUGACCAACAAAUGCAUUGCUUAAAAGGUGGUAGAACUUUGGGGGAGAAUGAAUGAUGGAGUAAAUAAUGUAGAAAAUGUUUCAGUGUAUUUUAUUGAGCUUGACAUUGUAUUCUAGGAACACCCUUUCCAAAUGGCAGUAGUCAUAAUUUAUGAAGGAAAAGUCUAUCUGGUUGUGUAUGGCCAUACUUUUUAAUGUAUCUGGCUAAAAUGUUUGGAACACACUGUUGUCAAAAAUAAAGGGUUUUAUGAUCUUUAAA